CGUUGUCUAUGGUAGCGAUGGCUGUCAUUGAGUUUUAUUUUAUUAUUUUAGGAAAAUAGGGAAUGAAGCUUUCAGUGAUUGUAGAAUGAUAUUUUCGUGAAUCAUGUACAUGUUUUCUAAUAAUCUAAUAGUAGUAAGUGUAACUAUAAUCUACCGGUAGUGAAAAUCACUCAGCGAUGAUAAGUAAAAAGGCUUAAUAAUUGACGACGAUGGCGUCUGAUGGAGAAAUUUCAUGUACGAAUGAUCCUAAUUUCGCCGUUAUCUACUCCUUCUUGAAAGUAUUUGGUAAAUUGUAUAAUCUAGACGUCCCUACGAUAGCCAAAUUGCAAGAAUUAAUAGAGAACACCCAGGAAGUGCUCGAUCCGUUGAGGGAGCUCCACUUACGGCUAUUGCGCCGUGCGUUGAAAUCUGUCCAGAGCAAUCGAUGGGAGAGGUCCCUCAUCAAGUUUUGUCACCAACAGAGGUACCACCAAGAGGCCUGGGAAAUAGAAAGGUUUUCAUACAAGAAAGCUAGCACUCAAGUCAAGUUGCGGAUAUUGAAAUUAUUGCUAGAAUAUCAGUUCACAUGUCACCCCAAGUUCAAAGCAGCGGUGAGUGGCAUAUCAUGCCAGGAUCUGCGUCUGGAGCCGGUGGGCAGAGACAAGCAGGGCUGUGUGUACUGGCUGCAGGUGGACCACGAGGCCAACCUGUGCCUCUACCGCGAAGACCAGGAUGAGGAGACGUGGCAGCUGAUAGCUAGCAAUCGAGAAGAGUUGGUAAAAAUCAUAGGGCAACUUAAGAGCGGGGAAGAGAUUACUCCAUCAAUCGUGUCCAACAACAAUGAGGACUCCAGCAGUGCAGAUGUGGUGCCGCCACAAACAGAGCCUCCAAAAUCGUCAGAUGUUGAUGAAGAAAAUGAAGAAGAGUUCCUAAGUCCUGAAUCUGAGUCUGAACACGAAAGCGACGAUCAUAAAGAACAAGGUAAAUCUGAAGCACCUCUAGAGAGUAAUGAUAAUAAGCAAGCAGAAGUAGUGAAAGAAAACAGUGAUGUAGAUUGUACUGAUAAUAAUAGCAAUAUAGAAUGUAAGGAUCAUGUAAAAGACACUAAUGAAACAGAGUCUAGUGGCAAUGUAAAUAUAGAAUCAGAAAAAAAAUCAGAGGAAACUAUUCCAGAAAACAAUAAGAAGGAAGAAAACGAAGAACAGAAAGAUGAAACUGAAACAGCAAAAGAAGAAGAAGUGAAAGAAUCGGUUAGUGAAGCAAUAGAAGAACCUGUUAUGAUUAUAAAAGGAGAAGGAAGUGGUGCUGAUUGCGAAAGUGCAUAUUUCUUUGGUGAGGAGAUCUCUGAACCUGUGAUGUAUUUUUACGGUGAUGGCUAUGGAUUCGAAAAUGAUACUGGCAACCCUGAAGCAAUAAAACAAGAUACAAAUGAAACGAAAACUGAAGAAGAAACCCCGCCCGAGGAAUGUAACGGCGAAAACCAUGUCACCGUGUCCAGUAAAAAGACUAAACGAAAAAGUGUUAAAUUGAAAAGUAAAAUGCCAGCCAACAAACGUACUUUAAAAAAGAAACCUAAUGAUUCUGCAGAAACUUUAAAAACAGAUUGCAAGAAACAUUGUAAACGAGAUUUAGACAAAUCGAAUGGUUCAAAUUCCAAUUCUCGUGUUGAUAAAAAAAGAGAUAGCAGCUUAAACGAUAAAAGUACGACAGACUGUGAAAAUGCAAAUAAAAGUAGAAAAAAGAAGCUUAGAGGCAAAGUAAAGAAAAAACAGGUCACACAGAAGGUUAAAAGGAAUCUGAGUAAAGAUCCUUUAAACUCUGUGUCAGAAUCUGACAACUGUCAGAAUAAUAAAAACAGUAUUAUAGAGAAGAGGAAAAGUAGUCUCUCUUCUGAUCAAGGUGAGGAAAAUAGUGAAAAUGAGAAAGAAAAAAGUGCAGAUGAGAUAGUUAAGCCAGAUGACGACUUGCCACCUAAAAAAUUACGUUUAGCAACCUCCGCUGAAUUCGUGAACGUACAACAUUCCAAUGAUUUGUCUGACCACAAAGAAGAUGCAAAUUCACACGAAAACAAUGAGAACUACAAUUCAAAUGCAAAUUUAGUUACGGAUCCUUUAUCUAGUAGGAAGAAAAUUAAAGCCAGGAAGGGCAAAUUUAAAAAGAAACAUUUUGUAAAGUCCAAUGACAAUAAAAGUGAUAAAGCUAGUGAUAAGAAGUCGAGUAAAGCAGUCAAAAGGUCGUUAUUAAAUGCGAAUGCAAGUGACAAAAGUGAAUCUCAGAGUGAAAGCGAGGAAGAGGAAGCGGCAACUUGUGGCAAAAGGUUGAAAAUCAAACCUAAGAAGAUAAACACAUCCAGCAGAAAAAAAGUGGAAGCGAAACUUUUGGCCAAGGGUUCAAGUGAGUCUGAAGAGGAGACCCUUCAUAAUUUAGCAGGUAAAAAGUCAGCAAAGAAGAAUUUAAUAAAAAAGAAGCCAAAAAGCAAAGAAAAAGGUAAAGACAAGUCGAAACAACCAGCGAAGGCGACGGAAGAGGUGGACGCGGACGGAACCCCCGUGCGACAGUCGCGUCGCAUCGCGCAGAUGAAGAUCAAGGAGGAAGCUGAUCGGCGGCAUCUGGAGGAGGUGGCAUUGCGGGAACUCAAGAUGAUACAUAAGAAGAAGUCCAAGGAUGAUGAAGAGGAAUGGCGGGCUAGCGGCUGUAGUUCAGAAUCUGACACAAAAAAGCGUAAAAAGCACAGCGCGACGUGGCGGGCGUCCGACUCCACGGGACCUGAUGCUGACAGCGACUCCGAACCGCUGUUUGACCACUACGAGCCGGAGCCUGAUUUGGAAUUCAACAACAAAUCAGAUCACGAAUUCUCCCCCGAGUCAGAUCUGGAAGCUGAGGAUUCUGCCCAGCCUCUCAAACUAGCCAGGACAUUGCGGGAAGGUGCGCGUAAAGAGGAAGGGUUCUGCGUGCGUUGCGGCAGCGCGGAGCAGCCGGAGUGGAUCCUGCUGUGCGACGCGUGCGACGAGGGCUACCACGCCAGCUGCCUCAAGCCCAUGCUGUUUGUGGUGCCCGAGGGAGACUGGUUUUGCCCGCCGUGUAACCAUGAAAGGCUAAUAUCAGCGUUAGAAAAAGAACUGACAAAAUACGACGAGUUACUAGUGACCGUAGAAGCGGAGAGAGAGAGGAAGAAGUUAGAAGCCCCAGAGCAGGGCAGCGAAGAGGAGAAGCCUUCUGGAGAUGAGAAGAAGAAGCAAGGGAGUGACGAUGACUCCUCAGGCUCGGAGGGCAGUAGCGGCUGGUCGUCAGAGGAGGCCGUGUACCGCCUGCGCGCUCGGAAACAGUUGCCCGUGUCUUAUCGCUCGCAGGAGUAUGACCGGCUCAUCAGCUCAGCCAUCAAGGAGGAGUACGUAGAACCGACCACCAGUGCGGGCAAUCAGGGUCGCGGGAAGGACAUAUCGACCAUUAUUGAAGCAGCGGAAGAAGAGAAGUUGAAGGCUGAACGAGAAGCUAUCGAGCAGGGUAAACCCGUAGAGUUCAAGAAAUCAAAGAAAAAGCAACGCAGAAAGCCACGCAAGCUGAACUCACUUGAGGUGCCAUCUGAGGAUGACGACGAAACUGACGAGGACUUCAAGGAUACGGGAAUGGAAUCUUCGUCAGAGGAAAUAUCUUCUUCCGCUGAACGGGAUAGCUCCGGAUCUCAUUCGUCGGAUCAACCCAUCCGGCGAAUUUGCAGACCGGAGAAAAAGAAAGAUCGUCAAAAAUUAAUAGAGUCAUCUCCGGAAGUGAAGAAAAAGAAGGGCGUUUUCGACGACAGCUCUAGUGAGUCCGCCGGCGCUAAGGAGUGGUCCAACAAAUCAAAAUCGUCAAAAUCAAAGUCCCGACCACCGAAAAAACGAGACAAACGGGACAAGUCGAAGAAGUCCCGCAAACGUAGCGGUCUCACUCAGUACGACGCGGAAGGGAACGUCAUUCGAGCGCGCGUGACGUACGGCGGCCUGAGCGACGACGACGUCAACGACUGGUCGCCCAAACACCGCACGCGCCAGAAGAAGAUCAACUACACCGAGAUGCCCAACACUGAGUCAGAGGAUGAGAUGCACAAGUCGAGCGGCAAGCACAUGCCGGACAGUUCAGACGAGUUCAAGAUAGACGACUCUGACGUCACGUCUGACUCCGACUGCGAGCGUGCGAAGCGGCGCCGCGACCAGGAGGAUGAAGAGCGGCAGAAGGCGAUGUCGGACCUGGCUACCAAAACUGCGGUAGUUCCUCUCCAGAAGCUGCCGGAUGGAGUCACUUCCAUCAAGACUGAGGAAACUGAACCAACGCCGGAAGGUCAAGAAAAUCAAGUAACGCCGAUAAGACCGCCGAGGCCUCUACGCGGUAGAGGCAGUAGGGGUGGUCGUGGAAGCCGGGGUCCACGCGGCGGUCGCGGCGGGCGCGGCGGCUCGUCCUGCGCGGCGCCGGCGGGCGACGACGCGCUCGCCAAACUCGUCGGCGUCAAGAUCAAAGAUCUAAAACCGGAUGGAGAUGCGGGUCCAUUACGACCGAAUCAGGUCGAGCGUGAAAAGAAGAGGCAAGAGCGCGAAGCGAAACUAGCCGAGAAAGAGGCACGGAAACAAGAAAGAAUACAGAAAAAAGAAGAGAAGGAGAAACUAAAGGAACUUAAAGCCAAAGAACGGGAAGAGAAACGCCUCGCAAGACUGGCUCUACAAGAGAGCAAGAAGAUGAAGAAGGAAAAGCCAGAUUUCAUGGGGCCGAUGGGGUACGGGCCUCCGAUGCGGCCGAUGCAGCCGGACCGGCCAUAUGGGAACAGUCCCAUGGGGCCGAGGCAUCCAGGCGAUUACCAGGAUCAACGGUUUCCAGCUACGCCUCGAUUGCAGGUUCGCGCCGAGCUGCGAGGCAUUGCCACGCCGGAAGACCGCCGCCCCGACCAACUCCACCCCGCUAUGAGAGAAGGUACUUUGUCCGUAGCGGGAUCACCUCAGCCGUUCAAGCCGGUCACCGAAGAGCCCAGUAUUAUAACACGCAUGCCGCAUAUGAUCAACCAACAAUACAGAGGUUCGAUGAUGUACUCGCCGGGCAACGCGCCAUACCGCGGGCAGGGCAUGUACCAGAUGCACCCCUCCCACCCCCCGCACCCCGCGCUCAACGCACCGCGCCACAACUACCAGUACUACCAGCACCUGCAGGCCGGCCCCUACCGCGCGCCCCCGCACGCCCUGCACCGCCCCGCCUCGCCGCAAGCCAUGCCCUACCCGCCGAUGCAGCACCGCGCACCGCCGCCCGGGCCCCCGCCGCCGCACAUGCGCCCGGCGCCCUUCCCGCGCCCCGACCACUCGCCGCACCCGCCGCACCUGCGGCACGGCCCGCCCGCACCGCACGCCGCGCCCCUCCGCCCGCCGGCCGUCAUGAGCCUGCGCGCCGCGCCGCCCGCCCGCACGGCCGAGGGCCCCUCCGGAUCUCCGGCGCCCCAGCCCACUCCCCCGCCCAACUCGGCGCCGGAGGACGACAAGGAGCCUCCGAUCAAGAUCAAAGCGGAGGUGAAGACCGAGCCCGAGUACCAGUCGCCGCCGGGCUCGCCCGCGCAGCGCUCGCCCGAGCCGCCCAAGUCGCACCCCAAGAUCAAGCACACGGAGACCAAGGACGGCCGCCCGCGCUUUCCGCUCGGCCCCUACGCGCCGCACUACGCGCCCUACGGCCCCUACGCGCCGCCGCCCGACGCGCAGCUGCUGCAGGCGCCGCGACCGCCCGGCCCGCCACAGCGCGCGCCGCCCGACAUGCGCCAGUACAUGCCGGGCUACCCCUCCGACGCGAAGCCCGGGGACCCGCGUCCGCAGCACCCCGACCGCCCCAUCAUGCACGACAUGACUCGCCCGCCGGGCCCCGAGCGCUCCAUCAUGCACGACCUGUCUCGCCUCGGACCCGAACGGCUCGGAAUGCACAACGUGCCCCGCCCGCAAGCGCCCGACAGGCCCGUCAUGCACGUUAUGUCGAGGCCGCCCAGUCUGGACCGGCCGCCCGCGCACGAUGCGCCGAGGCCGCCCGGUCCCGACCGGCCGAUGUUGCACGAUGCGUCGAGGUCCCCUGGCGACGAUCGGUCGAUGAUGCGGGAAGCGCUCCGGCUUGGCCCCGACAGGGAGAGCAUGCACGAUAUGAACAAACCUCCGGGACCGGAUCGACUGUCCGCACACGACAUGUCGAGACCGCAAGGCGGUGACAGACCCAUGCCCGAUAUGUCGAGGCCCCCAGGAUCAAUUCGGCCGCUGCACGAUAUGCCGAGGCCCCCGGGACCGAUUCGGCCGCUGCACGACAUGUCGCGACCACCCGGGGGAGACCGACCGAUGCAUGACAUGUUGAGAUUUCCCGGGGGGCAUCGCCCAAUGCAUGACAUGUCGAGACAUCCCGAUGGAGAUCGACCGGUGCAUGACAUGUCAAGACUUCCCGUGGAUGGUCGAUCGAUGCAUGACAUGUCCAGACCUCCCGGGGGCGACCGACCGAUGCAUGACAUGUCGAGACAUCCCGGUGGAGAUCGACCGGUGCAUGACAUGUCAAGACCUCCCGGGGAAGAUCGAUCGAUACAUGACACGUCAAGACUUCCCGGGGGAGACCGACCGAUGCAUGACAUGUCAAGACCUCCCGGGGAAGAUCGACCGAUGCAUGACAUGUCAAGACUUUCCGGGGGAGACCGACCGAUGCAUGACAUGUCAAGACAUCCCGGGGGAGACAGAUCCAUGCAUGACAUGGCGAGACCGCCUGGAGGAGAUCGGCCAGUACAUGACAUGUCAAGACCUCCCGGAGAUCACCUAAUCCAUGACAGUAUGUCGAGACCGCCUAGUGUUGAUCGACAAAUACACGAUAUGUCGAGGCCCCCCAGCGGAAAUCGCCCGGUUCACGAUUUGUCGAGGCCCCCCAGCGGGGAGCGCCCGAUACACGAGAUUUCCAGGCCCCCCAGCGGAAAUCGCCCGAUCCACGAUAUGUCGAGGCCCCCUAGCGGAGAUCGUGCGAUCCACGAUAUGUCCAGGCCCCCUAGUGGCGAUCGGGCGAUGCUAGAAUUGCCGAGACCCCCUAGCGGGGGCCUUCCGAUUCAUGACAUGUCGAGGCCCCCCAGCGGUGACCGCCCGAUCCAUGACAUGUCGAGGCCCCCCAGCAGCGAUCGCGCGCUGCAAGACAUCGCGAGAGCUGGCCACAUGCACGACAUGGGUCGGGCGGCGGGGCCGCGGGGCCCCGUGCCCGACAUGAUGCGCGCGCCGCCGCCCGAAAGGCUGAUGGGCCACGAGCUGCCGCCGCACUACCCGUACGUGCGGCCGGCGCCGCGCGCGCCGCUGCCGCCCUUCGCGCCCUACCCCGACGUGCACCGCAUCGACAAGCCGCCCGAGCGCCCCGCGUCCGCAGAGCGCGCCUCGGAGUCCCCCGGGGCCUCGCCGCGCGCGUCGCCGCCCGAGCCCAAGUUCGAGCCACAGCGCGUCAAAGAGGAGGCUGGGCGCGAGGAGGGUAGCGUGUUCGGGGGCCUCGUUAGCUACUUUUCGAGCCAGCGGGAAGAUGAGCUGGACGCGUGAGGCCCCCGGGGGCCCCGCGCUGUACAUAUUACAUAGAUAAUUUUAUUUAUAUCGCCGCGAUAGGCGCCUAGUGACGUACGCUAUGUAUGAUAUUUUAUGAAGUUGACAUAUAGGUUCUUGGAAGUUUAAAUGAGUCUUUUUGGUCUCGAAUAGAAACGAUGUAUUAUUAAUUAUUAUAUUAUUUUGUUUAUUUUAAGCGAGAUUUAUUUAUAUACAAAACGAAAAGUACUUACACAGUAUACUCUGAAUUCUAAUAAAGAUCGAUUAUUUCAUUUUGCAAAUAAAUGUUUUCUUUUAAA